GGCACAUUGGCCGACGCUGGUGGUCCACAGCAGCCCGCAGGGUCCAGGAAAAGGCUGACACGCCCAGAACAGCAGAGAUUAGGGCCAAGAUGCCGCGCCUGUUCGUGUCCUACCUGCUAGGACUCUGCCUGCUACUGAGCCAACUUCCCGCAGAGAUCCAAGGCCAGAGGAACCAGAAGAAGAAUGAGUUUAUCAAGUUGUGCGGCUCCGAAUUAGCCCUCUACUGGAUCCGGCUCUGCGGCAAUCUCAACUGGGACAGGAUGGCUCUGAGCCCCAAGGAGCCUCGGCUCAGAUCUGGACCGCUUGCAGAUAUCAUGUCACUGACCGACGCCAAAGAUGCAGAAACCUUAAGUAUGUUGGAAUCCGGUCCUGCUUCGUCAGAAGAGAGGAAGACAGCACUGUCUGAGAGGCAGCCAUCGCUGAGAGAGCAACAAGCUGCAUUACAGGAUGGAAAUCUUAACGCUGAAGAAUUUAAGGACAAUAUUCUUACUCGACAAAGUGAAGCAGACGACAGCAGUGAGUUGGAAUUAAAGAACACAGGCUCAGCUAAACAUUACCCACAAAAGAGAAGCGCCGGUACUGUCAUAGUCGAUAGGUGUUGUAACUACGGCUGCUACAGAAAAGAGUUGGCUCGAUACUGCUGAGACGAAGCUCAUGUGUAUUUCGUCUAAUAAUCACCUGUGUUCUCACCUGUGUUCACAUUCACUGACGCCUCUGUCACCCCACUGAU